AUGUCCACGUCCAAUAGUGGAGACAGUGAUGAUCCAGAUAGGGUAAGUUUUUCAGUACUUUUGUAUUGUAAUUGAUUAUGCGUUAUUGUUUUAAUUAGGCUCCAUAUAACGUUAUUGAAAUAUUUAAAAUUUAGCCAUCCACAGCUGAUGACUCUCAAAAGUGGUCUGAAGAUGACAAUUCGGACUCUAUGAGUGAAUCUGAAGAUGAAAAUAAUUCCACGGCUACAGAAACAGAUUCUGCCGAAGCCAGACGGCGGGCGAAGUUGGCCAAACGAGUUCGACGUAAGUUUAUUAUUAUUCAGUUUUGAUUGGCUUAUGUUACUGUAUUCUAGGUGAAUAUAUGAGCUUUUUCAAUAUUAAUUUUCGGGGUUUUAGAGCACCAAAGCGAUACGGAGACUAGAAACUUGUUGGACGACGUGGGGGAUGGAGAAGACGAUAUUUUAGAUCUGGAAGAAACUAAAGAACCUGCGAUUGGUAAGUAUAUAUUUCCAGAUAUUGAAGAUAAAAAUAUUAUAUUAAAAAGCAUGAAGUGUCUGAUUAAUACACUUAAAGUACUUUCAGAUACCAAGUUCUUUGAAAUGUCAGACGAACAACUCGAUUACUACACGAACUGCUUUCUACACUUACAACGAAAAACUCAGGGACAAGCGACGAUGGGCGGUGCAGUGUCUGGGGCCGAGGAUACCGUAGUGGAUUUCUUCCGGAAAAGCAAAUUAGAUACACAUACCUUGUCGAAGGUAUGGGCAUUGGCUGAUGUCAACGAAGACGGGUUUUUGAAUCACUCCGAGUUUGUGAUCGCCAUGCACUUGAUCGUGCUUCAUGUUAAGGUAGGUUCUUUGUAAAAAAGAUGAUAUAUCUAUGAAUCUGUAGCAUUUACAAGUGUUUUUAUAACACAAUAAUUUGUAAAUCAUCUUGUUUAGUUUCGAAAAUAGACAAUAUUGUUAUAGGGAAGUGUACCGAUUCCUCCGCGACUCCCAAGCCCAGUCCGACCAUGUCCAACUCCAGUUCGUCGCAAAUUGUACAGUUUCAAGAACAGUAACGCUUCCUCAACGUUAACAACAAGUGGAGGUGGCUACUCCAACGACACUGCCUCCACAUCGAAAGGCCUAGUCAACUCGACAAGUCACUCAGACACAAACGAGAACAACAAACAACAUUCCCUAUCAGACGACCACAUUCAUUCGUAUGUGCAACAAUGUGAACAUCACGUCACCGACUUCUCGGAUGCACCACCAGUCCUGGUUGAUAAUCGACCUCAACCACUGAAUCCACAAACGAAUUCGAAAGGAUUGGCUUUUUUGAAUGCGUUAUCAGCUAAAGGACCUCCGCCUCAACCACCACCUCGAGAUUACCACAAUAAAGGACAUGGCAGAAGUGCUUCGCUCGAUCUCAAAGCAUUUUCUGGAACAACGAUCGGAAUACCGUGAGUUAUGCAUUGCAAUUAGCUUUAUUUUGACUUUUGGGUGUUUUUUUUUCUUAAAAGAAACAUUACUAUAACUUGCGUAACAUAUCAUUUUACAGUAGCCGUGUACCAUUGCCAUCCCAACAAAACAAUCCUGCCAACCAAGGCUCGUUCUCCUCUGAAAUCCAAUCCCAAUCCUAUUCUCUCUACACCACUGAUCUUUCCAAAAACCCCUCAGGGCCUCACAGUGGGGCAGGUGGAUCCCUACCCGCGAUUCACGACCGUAAAGUGGUUCACCCACCCUUACCGCCUCACAGGACGAUCGAGAAGAAGAACGAGACUACUCAAACCGACCCCGAGGAACCCAUUAUUCUGGACUCUGACGUGAUGUCAGCCUUGUUAACUGACAUGGAGAACAUGACGGUGAUGGAACGCUGUGAAAUGCUACGCAAAUACAAUGCUGAAUUGGAAGCGGAGAAAGCGACGUUGGCUCAGAUUCAGCUACAACUACAGUUGAGGAUAGAAGAAGCGGUGAAUACGUUGAAGACGCUAGGAAUCGACCAAUCCUUGAGGCCGACCAAACAAUCAUCUAGCUCUGUCAAGCCUACUGCUUUAUGA